AUGGCGGUUGCAUCUCAGCUAACCCAGUUCUCUAGCAAAAAGAAAGGGAGCUCUAAGGAACCGUUCGGAAUCACUAUGGCGGGUAAAUCCAUUUACUUGCUCACCAACCCGAAAGAUGUAGCGGAGGUCUAUCGCCACGAGGAUACCCUGUCCAGAGACAUGGUGGUAAAGGAUUUGUAUUCACGCACUGGAAUCUCGAUGGCAAAGGUCGAGCGACUCUUGGUUGCCAAUUCAGAAUCGCCGCAUAACAAGGGACUGCCGCGUCCUCUCCACUAUGUUGAUAUUGCGAUGGAAUAUUUUCGUCGGGAGCUGUCACCGGGGGAGCCGCUUGAUCGCUUUGUUGACGAGGCCGCUCUUCCAGCAAUUCUAAAGGCAUUCGAUUUUGGUCGUACCCACGCCCAUUCGGCAAUUCUGCACAACAAUGGCGACUCUCUCGUGGUCUCGUUGGAGCAUCUUUGUAUUGAAGCUCUUAUCAAUGGCGUGAUAGACACCUACUACGGUCCCAGUCUCCGGAAAGUGAAUCCCGAUUUCGUGCACUCCUUUAUGAUGUGGGAGCGGGUGAACUGGAAGUACAUCUUCCAGCUGCCGGGCUUCCUCAGUAAGGAUAUGUUGGAUGCAAAAAGUGACUUGGUCGAUACAUUUGUCACUUACUUCGAAAUGGACCGUGCCGAACGGGGUUGCGGUAACUUCUUUGUAGACUCCGUGGAAGAUACGCUUCGGGAGGCAGGAAUGGGAAAUGAGGAGGUUGGAAGAAUAUUCUUCCUGCACUCUUGGGCGAUUCUAGGCAACAUGCAGAAGGCCGCCUUCUGGAUCAUUGCACAUCUGAUGUACGACCCGAACUUACUUGAAGCAAUCCGCGCCGAGAUUCUCCCGGCCGUAGAAGGGGGAGAGGUCAAUCACCAGUAUCUUGUCAAAGACUGCCCGUUGCUUGACUCGCUUUAUGCAGACAUUCUUCGCGCUACAAUGAGCAGUCCUAUGGUGCGCGACGUAAUGGAAACCACCACGAUAGCAGGAAAGAAGCUGCGGAAGGGAAACCGGAUCAUGAUAUCAUAUCGUCAGCUGCAUCUGAACACUGAUGUUUGGGGAACAACUCCCGAAUUGGUGCAGCCUGAUCGAUUUUUGCGGGAUAAAAGCCUCAAGACAAACAAUAGCUACCGACCAUGGGGAGGCGGCAGCACGCUCUGUCCGGGUAGAUUUUUUGCAAAGAAGGCAAUAUUUACCUUUGUCGCCGUGUUGCUGGGUCGUUACCCGACUAUUCGCAUCGACGAAGUGACGGUGGGAGGCAAAAAAGGAGGCAGUAAACCAGCAUUCCCGCGUGCAGAUUUCUCUAAGCCAAUCCCGGGAAUUGUGCCCCCGAUUAUGGGUGAUGAUAUCAGGUUGGUGCUUCGUUAA